GAUAGCGGGGAGAUUUGGGGCUGGCCGCGUCGUGUCCUUUCGUUCCCGAGGAUCACGGGGCGGAGCGAUGGGAAGCAGCCUUCACCCCUCUGUGAACCUGUGGCUCACCUCACCGACUUCUUUUCCCUCCGAAGUCGGCCAGUGUCCACCGUAAGCUACCUGGGCCAAAGGCAAGGCUGCUCACCUGGCCCAGGUCCUGGAGAGAGAGCGACGAAGAAGGAGCGGUUCUCUCGGUCGCGGACUCGCGGGCGUGGGAGCUGAAUCACAGCCAGCGCCUGGGUGAUUCAAUCACCCUCUAGCCAUCCGCCGUCUGUCCAGAGUUUCCGGGAGGGGAUACUAUAAAAGAAGGAAGCGCAAGCCAUCUUCUUAGUUAACUCUCGCGCGCGCUCACUCUCGCACACAGUUAGACAUACGCGCGCGCCUUCCCGCUUCUUGGACUCCCUGCCUCCUUCCGAGCCUUGGACGAGCCAUGGUGCGGCGGUAUUUUUCAGCGGCGGUAGCACCCCACGCUCCAGCACUGCUGCUCUGCACGUUGCUUUCUCUGCUUUCCUCCAACUCAGGGAGCUCUACAGUACAGACAGCUGUUAACAUUACUUGGUCAUCGGUCAAUUUUAAGACUCUGCUCCACUGGGAUCCAAAGCCAAUUGGUUAUGUUUAUACAGUUGAAAUGGAUGGGGACCAGUUAAAACGGGAAAAAGUAUGCAUUCAUACUGAUAAAACUGAAUGUGAUGUUACUAACGUGGUGCUACAGAAUUUAAAAGAUACCUACAUAGCGCGUAUAUAUUCUGAAAUACCUUAUAAUGAGGAUAAUUUUGAAACACCUCCAUAUGAAAUUUCUCCAGAAUUUGUACCUUACACACAAACUGAGCUUGGAAUGCCAACAAUAACACAUUUUGAACAAAAAGAUGUAACUCUGAAAGUGGAAGUAGCUGAUCCACUAACACCUUACAGAGUUAAUGGUACCUUGCAAACUAUCAGGGACAUAUUCAGAAAUGAUCUGGAAUACCUAUUGUACUACUGGAAGGACCAAAGUACAGGCAAGAAAUUAUCAAAGACAAAAACCAAUAAAUUUGAAGUUGAAGUUGAUAAAGGGAAGAGCUACUGUUUCUAUGUUCAGACUUACGUUCCAAGCCGCGUAGAUAACCACAGAAGUGAAAAAAGCACUGUAAAAUGUACCAGUGUUCAAAGGGAAGACUUGGAUACUCUUGAUUUGGACAAAAUCCUCAUAAUAAUAGGUGUUGCUGUUGGAGUCCUCACUCUAAUUAUUAUUUUAUCUGUGGUGGUGUAUAAGUGUAAACGGACAAAGGGCACAUCAUCAGAAAAAGAAAAUAUGCCUCCAAAUUUGUAAGGAGUAAAAACUCAGCCCUGAAUGAUCACAGUUUGAUAGGCAUUAACAUUGCAAUAAUGCCAUGAAAAAGAACUCCCCUCUGGAAGCAAUCGUUACUGACAAACAUUUAUGGUUUCUAUGAAACAUUUGUUUUUAAAACACUAUUUUAAACCACCUUUUUAACUUCACUGUUAAAACUAUGAGAACUGUUUGAAAUAUAUUAACUGACAUGUGUGAUGAAUUGUUAUUGUUUCUGCUGCACUUUUAGUAGUAUCUUUUUAUAUUGGGUGUUCUGGGUACUUCAAGUGGUGAUGAAAUUAUAAGAAUGGGCUUUUAGCAGUCUGAUUUUGUAUAAAACGUAUGGUACAAAUUGCUAUUAAACAUUAGAAUAUGCUGCAAGUAGAUAUCUGAUAAAAAGGGAAAGAAUCUCUUGAGAUGAACUUGACAAUUCAAGUCAACAAUCCAGCAUGGAAGUGGUUCAGAAAUGCCUUUUUUGGGCAGAUAUCUAGCACCAACUUUCAGAUAGAUUAUUGCAUUUUAAACAAAACUGUGUCAUCUCCUUCAGUUGAUAACUUGUGUUGUUGGCUGCCAUUGCCAGAACUUAGCACUUUAAAUGUGUAUUGAUAAUUAACUGCUGGACAGAAAGAAACCUAACUUUUUAAGAAUUCCAUAUAUCUGUAAACGCAGGUGGUGUGAAUUGGGGUUCUUCCUGGUACUACAAUAAUUUAAUGUAUUUAUGAUUUUUAUGAAUGAAAGUAUAUUUGUAUAUAUUGCAUUAAUUUAUUUAAUAUAAUAAAGGUAAA